CGUGAAUGAUCAAACAGACGGAUUCCGAUGAAGACGUAAUUUUUAUUUCCGAAAAGCCAGCAACUGAGCUGAAUGAAAUGACAAUCGAUCAGGCAUUCACACCCUGAGAUAGCAAAGCAGUCCCAAAUCAUGAUGCCAAACCAUGCUGGUGGAUCACUAGAGAGCUCUACAGGCUUUAAAUACACUGUGGUUGUUUUUGACUUGUUUUCAGGAUUGCAUCUUUCUCUCAUAAGACUGUCUUGGCAAAGCGACUGGUUUUGCAAAGAGAGAUUGAUCAGGAGUCUCAGCCCAAGCAGCCAGACAAACCUUUGAAAACCCAGAGAUUUGCUGCCCUGAAGAGACCAAUGGAAACAAAGAUGGAAGAAGAGAACAGUGAGGACAUUGUGAUAAAGAAAGAGAAGAAACACAAGAAAGUAAAACUUUCUCAACCUGAAAAUCAAAGCUGCACUGCAGAUGUGAAAACGGAAAAGAAGAGUAAAAAGGUUGACAGAGUAGGAACAGAAGAGGCACGUUGUGGUGAAAUGAAAGAUAAGAAGAAAAAGAGAAAAACUGAAAGGGACUCUUUAAAUGACACCAAUAGCUUUGUUGAAGAUGGAGAAGACAAAAGAGUGAAUAAAAAGAAGAAACAGCUGCUGAAUGAUAAAGUAAAGUCUGUACAAAGUACACAAGAAAAUAUAAAGAAAGAAGAAAGAGAGGAACAGAAAAUUGGAAACAAAGUGCCCAAGAAACCAAAAAAGAAUAAUGCAACUGUAAGUAUAGAGCAGACUGAGGAGAAUGUUAAAGAAAAGAAAAAGAAGGAAACCCUUCUAACAAAAGACAGAGAAACUAAAACAAAAAAGAAAGCAAGGAAUGAAAUAAAGUUAGAAACACCUGUGACUGGAGUAGAGGAGGUCAAAAUGAAAAAGAAGAAGAAAAAAGUUAAACCUGAAGGUGAAAAUGGGCUGGAAGUCAAAAGCAAGAAGAAAAUACAGAUGGAUGAAGACGACAAAAAGACGAUGGAGCAUGUUAAAGAAAAGAAAAGGAAAAAGAAGGAACACCUAACUGGUGAAGAGGUAACUGAAACAAAACCAGAAAAGAAAAGUAAAGAAGUAGAAUUUGGAAUAAAGUUAGAAACAACAGAGAUUGAGGAAGUAAAAUCAAAAAAGACGGCAAAGAAAGAAAAGAAAUCUAAAGCUGGAAAUGGGCUGGAAGUAAUCGAGACCACAGACAAGAAGAAAAGGGAGGUGGAAGAUGGAAAAACUCUCAAAAAGAAGAAGAACGUACUCACAAAAAGUGAAACUGUCACAGAAGAAGAAGAGACGAAGGUAAAGAAGAAAAAGAAAAUAAAGUACACUUCAGCCUCUGCGGAGAGUGUUGAAGAAGAAGAGACGGUGCCGAAGAAAAAAAUAAAAGUAGAGGCGGAGCUGCCAGUAAUGCAAGGUGAAGUGGUCGACGUUCAGAGUGGGGGAAGUGAAGUCACACAGAGCAAGAAAAGCAAGAAGAAGAAGAACUCCGUCAAGGUGGAGCGGGAUGCUGGCGCCGACGCUGGUGUCAAAAAGAAGAAAAGCGUCAAAAAAGAGCUGGAAGACUUGCAGGAGUCUCCCCAAGUGGAUGUAGUUUUCCUGUCAGUGAAGAGUGGAAACGCUGAUGAGGUCACCAUCAACCAGGAAAGAAGACUAGCUUUACAAAUGGAGAUCGACAAAGCCUCUCGACCUGACAACCCCCCCAAACCUACGGGUUUGGGCCAGUGGAGUACUGCUCAGUUCGACAACUCUGAACAGCAGCAAAAGUUUCUGCGGUUAAUGGGCGGCUUGAAAAAGGGUUUGCAGCCGACUACGGCGAGCGCUGGAGGGGCCAAUAUGGCGAUGGGGAAGAAGGCACAACAGCAGCUGCAGCAAGGACUUCUGGGAGAGUUUGAGCGAGCCCACUCACGUAGAAUGGACUUCAGUAGCAGAGGAGCAGGACUUGGAUUUACUGCACCAUCCAAUAAGAAGUUCUCCAUCGAUGUCAAUGCAUGUCGAUCAGUUCGCUUUGAUGAUUGAUCAGUGUUGUGUAGUUUUUGUACAUACCGUUUUUUUUUAUUCAUUUUUACUGUACAAACUGCCAGUUGUAUAUAGUGUACUUUAAACCCUCACCCACCCUGCAGUUGAAGCUGAACUGUUUAAUGUGGGAAUUAAGGAGCAGUUUACUGUGUGAUGGUGUAAAAACUUUUUACAGCUGCUCCGAACAGAGAUAUCCUGAUCCUGUUAUUUUUAAAAUGUACAAAAGCCAUCUUAUAAACCGGAUUUUCCCUUGUCAAUAUGAAAAACUGCAAGUAAAAAAUAAAUUUUAAGAUGAGUCUGAAAUUUAAAAUGUGCAAAACU